AGAGCUGGGCUGGGCGCGGGGGGAGCGCCCGGAGCGCGGCCGGCGGUGGAAGUUGUUCGCGCAGUUAUAAUUAGCCCGGCCGGGGUCUGAGCGAGCCGGGCGGAGGAAGGGGGAGGAGUGUAACUUUUCGCAGCUCGGGAAGCCCAAGGUUGUCUCUGGUUACUGCUGCCCACGGCCGCUGUGAGGGGGGGGGAGGCGGGACGCCGGCGGGAAGCACCGACACUCCUUCCACAAAGGCCAAAUGGUGGCAGGAGCCGUGGGAGCGGCUGCGGGAGGGCGGCAGGAAAGGGCUUUCCCUGAAUCCCAGCGUUUCCAUCCUGGCACUCCUGAUCGCUGCCCCUUGGUAGUUGCGACUUAUGUAUAUGCUGCAGUUACAUUUUUAACAGCAGGUUUUGUUUGGCUCAGUAAAUGCGCGUUAGUCUGGGCUACCAGCAGGUGGAUAGGAGUGGAGGAGCAUAAAAUUGGUCUCUUUUAUGCAUAUUGCGGAUUAAGCUCGCAGAUAGGUACAGUUAAUAAUUUCUGCCCUAGUUAGGCCUGGAAUUUUUCAAACUGUGUUGGAAUGCUAGUUUCUAAAAGCAUGGGUAGGAGCGUUACGCAGUAAUUUUCCACUUUAUUUUUGAUGUGGCUAAAAUUCUGUCGUUCAGGCAUUUAGCUGCAAUGGGGGAAAUACCAUUAACAUUGAAAUGAUGCUGUAAUCUCAAAAUUCUAAAGUUACCCCUAAACAGGUCCUAAAUGGGGUGCAUUUAUGAAGAAACAAAAAGUAAUCCACUAGACAUACAAUUCAUAGUGAUGUACAGCUACUCUGUGUCUUCUAUAGUUGUCUUUUUUUUUCCUAACAGAUUGUAAAAACUAAACCUAAUAACCUUACCUCUGUACUUCUUCCUGACACUCAUCCCAGUGUGAAAUCAUACAGGGCAAAAGUCACAACUUCCACAGUUACUUCUGCAGGAAUCCUUUGAAGUAUAUAAUAAAGAAAUUAAAUUUGAAAACUUCUUGACUUGAUCUCCUUCUAGCAAAAUAUUGGACUUCUAAAAUACAAUGAAUAGAAAAUGCAGUGACUGCACACCUCUGUCUGUGACCUAGCCAGUACACUUUAAUGAACCUCAAUAGUGACCAUCUGAAGUCCGCGGUUUCAGAGCAAAUAGUCGCCUCAUCCUACCUCGGUGGAUGGCUUGGCCUCUGGGAUAGUUCAAGACUCUUGGAUGACCACGCUUUAUGCAAAAUCCAGAAUCUUCCUGCCUGGACUCCUUUCUGUUUUCUAAGGGUUCAUGUUGGGGAGAGGCCUAAAGCGCAAGCUGAGUGACUAUGAGGAGAACAUGGCUGGUCUCUCGAGUGCCUUUGAUUCCAGUCGAAGUCUGCCAUACCCACUCAAGAGGCAGCUGGUGCUCAACAUGUGCCUCACCAAGUUACAGACGUACAAAAUGCUGGUGGAGCCGAACCUGCACCGCUCUGUCCUCAUCGCCAACACCGUGCGGCAGAUCCAGGAGGAGAUGAGGCAAGAGAGUAACCAGCAGCCAGUGAAUAUCUGCCCUGGCAUUGCUCCUGCUUCUCACAGCUACACAGGGAUGGAGUCACCUGGGAUUGCCCUUCAGUUGCCUUCUGGUAUUGGUCAGCAAGAGUCUCACUGUUGUGAGCUGCGGUCUGUGGAAGACCCCAUUGAAAACAGCCUGCUGAUCGUUUCAGACGAUGACAUGUCAUCUGCUAUUUCAUCUAUUCUGAAGGAUUUAGACUUUGUAGAAGAUAUCAGCCCACCUACUUGUCUGGUUCCUACUGGAGAUGACCAGCCAAAGUUUCCAGAAAAUACUGGUCUGAAACUAGAAGAUGAUAGACAGGAUUUGAAGGGAGCUGAAUGCGUGUUUGGUUCCUUUGAGAUUUCAAAUUCAACCAGUUACUUGAAGGAUUUGGCAAUAGAUGACAUUUUUGAAGAUAUUGACACUUCAAUGUAUGAUUCAGACUUCUGUUGCCCUCCACUAAUGCCACCCAGAUCACCAUCUCUUGCUACAGAAGAACCAUUGAAAACCUUUCCAUCUUGUAAUUCUUCUUCAGCAAACAACAUUCAGAUAUGUAGAACAGAUCUGAGUGAGUUGGACCACAUCAUGGAAAUUCUGGUUGGAUCCUGAUACUUGUUUUACCCAAAGAUACUUUUAAACUGCCACUUUCAUUUGGUUUCAGGAUAAAAGCCACUGGAAAAGUUGUAAAGAAUUCUUUAAAAAGCAAACUAAAUAAUAAUUUGUCCAUAGUAGGAUUUUCUAAAUAAUUCCAAAACUUAUAAACCAAAAAAGUGGCAGAUUUUUUAAAAAAAAAUUUAUUUAUCAGAACUGUGCAAUCAUCAUUUUCCUUCCAGGGUGUAUGUGGAACAAUGGGCACAUAACCCUCAUCACCCCUCAUGCCUCUUUCAAUAAACUUUUUUAUGUGCAAUUUUUAAUUUGACAGAAGAAUUUACAUGCAAAGCAAAUUUCAUAUGAAGUGAUCUUUUACAAAGCCUCCACUUUAUUUUUAAUAUCAGAGUCUAUGCCAAGCUGGCAUCUGUCAAGUUGCAGAGUUAGAUUGUGUGGAUUGCAGACACGUUACUAGAGAUGGGUAUAUUUUAAAAAUGAGACACGCUUUGCUUUCUUUUGGUCAGAAAAGCAGAUCAAGACACGUACCAACAAAGUCUCUUGCAUUUUCUAAAGCAUUCAGAACUAUUUAUUUUUGUAAAUUUUAUAGUCUUUCUACAUUUUACUACGUUAUUUCAUCAUAGUUCAAAUAUAAUGGACUUCUAGUUGGAUGUGUUUAGCACUACCUCUGAGCUGAAAUGCUUUAACUUUCCAAUGCUUCAUCUGAGACUGCAAAUCUUUUUGUUUCUGUUUUUUUCUGGGGGAAAGUACUUCUAACUCAGUAAGUUGAUCCUUUGACAGUGACCUAGCUGAUUUGUGAAAUCGAGGUUAUUCAAUGUUUAAAAACUUUUAAGUAUUUACAAAUUAAUUUAUAUGUAGAUUGUGCAAUUUAACGUUUUUCUGUCAGUAUUAUGUGCUUAGAUUUUGAAUAAUCUUGGCGUUCUUUAAAUUAAAACUUACUAUGUACAGGUAGCUUUUUAUUCUCUUUUGGAAAACACUGUCCUUCAACCCUGCUUUCACUACAAAUUUUAAGAUGAUUUUUAUGUGCAAUAUUAUUUAAAAAGAUACACAUUUGUAUACCUGGCAUUGUGGGAAGAAACGCUUCAAACUUAAAACCUCUAGCACCUUUGGAGGAUACUCAGAGAGCCAACAUUUCUGCGUCCUUUCAGAAGCCACACUGAGAACACGUCUUGCUGCAGCAGUGCCCACUGCUGGGACAGCCCCUGGAGCACCUCUGGGGCUGUGGGGAGUCGGUGCAGGUGGCUCUGUCCCUCCCAGGGGCUGGGACCACCUGGGCUUUGGAACCCUCGAGCUGCUGCCCAGGCUGUCUUGGGUGGAGCAGGGGUGUUUUUAUACAGAUACACAAACACCCUCCUCAGCUGGAGAUGAGAUUUGCAGUGAGAACUGUUUUUCCAUAAGGCAUUUUGGGUUCCGUGUUUCAGCCUGAACCGAGGUGUAGAUCGAUCCCUGCUAUCGUCUUCUGAGUUUCACACUUGCACAUUGCUUUUUGGUUUGGGUUUUGUUAUUUUUUUUUCCUUGUUUUUUAAUUAUAAAACUUUUACUUUGUUCUUGAAAGCUGCAGCACCUGUCUUGGAAACUUGCAGUUUUAAAACCUUUGCUUUGGUUUGUUGUAUUUUUUGGGUUUUUGUUCUGCUGAGACUUUUUAUGAACGGAGCGUCGGCAGAGGGAAAAAAUGUUGCCUGUGUGUUGCAUCUCACAAAAGUUGAAAUCCUGCCCUGUUGAAGGGGCCAGGAUGUCACCUGGUAUUUCUAGUCUUAACUGAUGCUGUGGCACACCUACCUUGUGCAGAGAUAUCCAUUUCUUACUGUGACUCUCUUGGUUAACAGUUAGCUGCCGACAUAAUUUGGUAUCCCAGGCCAACGGAGAACCAUUUCAGGUCAUCCUCGCAGCCAUCUGGGUUGUUUAGCAACCGAAGGGUAUAAAUGUAUUUAUAUGCAUAUAUUGUAUUGAUUCUAAUAUAAAACUUCUGAUCUAAAGUAUUUUGAAUUGCUGGAUAAAGGGAUUUGUUUGAAGAGUGUAUAACUAGUUCUUGAAGAGGUACAGCUUCAGAAUGUACACAGAUUGUGCAUUGUGUAUAGACUACUCUGGCUUUUCCUCAGCCUCUACUUUUGUAUUAAAAAUAUGACUGAAUAAAUCCUUGAAAUAUUAAGGGCCUUCUGCACUGUGAUGAAACAGAGAUGCGGUUAAAAAUGUCUUUAAAUUCAGUGAUGAGGGAUAAAAUAAAAAGACUGCAUCUAAUCUCUUUUAGCAUUUGAAAAUACGGAAUGUUACUAUGCAGUAAAGAUAUUUUGGUAUGAAAAUUGUAUCAUAUAGCAAAUAGCGAACACUUAAUAAAUCCACUUACCUUGCAGUCUCUACAGAAACAGAAGAGAAGACAACUUGCUUUUCAACAUUUACAUACUAAAGUUUUUUGUAUACUGCAGAAAAAUAUUAAAUUGUUGGUAGAUCUUUUAUCAACAAUUCGAAAUGCAGUUUUUGUUCAAGUCCUGGCUACAGAGCUCUGUUUCUGAUUGGUUGCUUGUGUCACAGUGCCAAGACCAUGAGCUGGUGUGUAAUGCAGUUCGGUUAUGUUUGGAAUUAUGUGCAAAGGGAAGUUUAAUUUUUAAAUAUGCACAAACUAAUUUUAAAAUCCUUCCAUGUAAAAUGAAGUUAGAGGCUAGUUGUGGUGGACCUAUUUAUUGUAUGUUUGGAAAUAAAAGCCACAGUUUUGCAUUUAAA